AUGUCGGAGAUUAACGCUAUUAAUCACGAAAAGAUCACGGAGCAUUUGCCUCUUGACACCUCUCAGGAAUUCGAUGACAGCUUUACUGGAAUGAAUAUUACUCAGAUUCUUUCUUCUGCUUUCGGAACUGAGGAAGAAAACAAUGAUUUAAUCGAUGCAUCAUCUCCAAGUCUACCUCUCGCUGGUGACUCGCUUGAUAUAAAUGAACGUAAUAGCGACUCAGGCAUAACUCAUUCAAUACAUCACAACUAUGGAGGAGCUACUUGCAGUUUAAGUACGGAUUUGCUUAAAAAAUCGGCUAAUUUUGUUCCUACUGCGCCUCAAUAUAUUGGUUUUAAGACUGCGAAGAAUGUUAAUAUAGCCUCCCCAAGCACUACUGCUCUUUUGAAUGCUCGGAAAUACAUAUGCGAUCCCUAUUGCAGUGUGAAUUCUCAAGUUCCAGAGCUUGAUAACUCGAUGGCCCCGGGGUGCACUAUUUCCUCUUCUGAGUCUUUUCUGCCUAAUUAUUUGGGUCAGGAGAUCACCUCUCGGCCAAGUAUUUCUUCAAAGGUGUGUGACCCUCAAUCUAUUACAAAUGCUUGUGAGUGUCCCGUACCUCUUGCGCCGAGUGGAAUCAGUCACUCUUGCGGCAAAAAUGCCUCUUCUAUCCUCAAAGAAUCAGCUUUAUUCUUCGCUUCCUCAGAAUCGAUUGAUAUUAAAGUCGCACAAGCGGUUGAUUUCGACUUUUCUCGUAGUAAAACAAUCUUAAACUCUGCUUCAAAAAGGACUAAAAAUGAUAAUCUAUCGUUGUCAUUCUCUGCUGCCGGCAAUUUAUCUGAAGAGAAGACUGUGCCUCCCCGUUCUUUCGGGUUCAGAAUGAUGCAUGAUGUUGCUAGAACAUCUACGCUAGAAGAUACAUGUUUAAAUACCGGAAAGCUUUCCCCCAAUGCUUCUACAUUUGACAAAACCCCCACUUUUAGACCGGAAAGUAAUUCUUUCUCCAACGCAAUAAAUAUUCAUCUUACGGGUUUUAAAUCUGCUCGAGGGGAUGAUCUCGUCCCAGUAACAGAACUUGCUCUGACAAAGGCUAGGAACAUUUUGUCUGAUAUCUAUCUCAGCAAAACAUCUCGUGCUGAUACUUUUAUCAAGCCUGCCUUUUCAGAGAAGCAUGAAAAUGUUGAGCCAGCCUCAAAGUGCAUUUCUUUUGAGGCGUGUCAGGCUCCUGAAGAAAAGCGCAUUAUUGUACCUGUAUCCCAAUACUCAGAAAAUAGCAAAUCUGAUGGUCUCACUGAAGCUGGUGGAUGCGAUGCUUUACAUCUAUCUAAUAAAGUUCCAUCUGACAAUUACCUUAGUAACACCAGUGGCUUAUCUCGCAAUUUUUAUCCCAAUAAAAUGUAUAGAACCGGUCCAGAUGGACAGUAUUUUGACGAGCGAAUUUCUAUGUCUUCCGUUUCCAAUUUGGAGGUAGAUGCAGUUAACUCGUUUAAUGACGCAUUCGGUGAAUCUCCACUCUUGUAUCCUUCGUGUGAUCCGACUUGUCAUGAUAAAUGUGAGAGUCAUCUGGAUACCUUUGUCUCAAGGUCAAAUAAGAAAUUUGUUUCAUGCGCUUCGAGUCAGUUUUUUCAAUCCUCUCGCGGUUUGUCUUCUAUACUUGCCAAACGUGAAGAAUCUUUUGAAUCUCACUCUAUCCAAAGUGAUCAAAAGCUCAUCAGUCAUGAGCAAGGCUGUGCUAACGAGUUAGCCCACUCC